GUUCAAGGGAAGAAAAGCGAAAUUAAAGCCAGUGAGAAAGAGUGGCCUUAAGUUUCCGGCUACAUAAAAUUCCGGCUUCACUCCGGUCAGCAGUGUUGCCGAAUUGAAAGUGAUACGUUUGGGAAUUUGGGAGAAGAUUGAGUACGAGGAUUUAUUUUCUGGGUUUUGUUCUUGUGCCAGAGGUACAAGAGUAGUGGUAAGUUAGUUAGAAACUACUAGCGGUUUUGAUGUUGCUUUAUCAGCUGAUGCAGCUCGAAUCAAGACCUCACAUUGCAAAGUGGUAUUCCACGACCAUUGUGCAAACUGCCUUGGCCAGCUAGUUCUUUAGUUCAAGUAGUGUUGAAGGUUGAUAAAUUGGGUUCUGGUUGUCUUCAUCUUGUACGGCUAUGUCGGCUAGUUCCAAAGGAAGCAUGUCAUCUAGCUGUGGGAGGCAUUUUAGUGCAUGUUUGAUGGUGCUGUGCAUGGCUUUCAGUGAAGAGGUUUCUAAAUAGGAAAAAGCUUUGGUGGGAGGCUGGAAGCCUUGACAAGUAUAAAGGGCUUUUGUCAUCUCAAAGUUUUGUUUUGCAGCCAAAAAUAAAUCAAAGGGCCUUUGAUAUCUGAAAAUGGGUUUUCUGGUUCGUUGGUGCCUUUUUAGUUAUCACCCAAUCUUCUGUUACAAAAAAUUUCAGGUGGUUUCUUGUCUCCGGGACUUGAAGAAAUAAUGUGAACUUAAUCUAGAUUGGCUUUUGCCUUAUGUAAGAAAUCCUCCAUGUGGAAAGUUACUCAAUUUUUUGCAGUGUCGUAAUUUGUUCAUUUUCAAGGAUAUGUAGGUUUAUUGUAUAUACCUGGGAGGAUAUUGUUGCCUUUGCUUGGAAGCUAGAAUUGAGUUUAUAUUGCCGUCCAGAGUGAAAAUCGGACAAGAAAUUCAAGUUAUUUGACUUAUAAAACCAGUCUCCUGUUUUCUGCAUCAAUAGUUGAGAUUGGUAACACACUAAAACUUGUCAUUUUGUUAGUCCCCAACCAAUCUUGUAAGAUGCAUUAUGUUGCAUACUGCUUGUUCGCUUGCUGUUUUUAUUCCAAUUUCUUUCCAUCAUAGUUGAUUCACAAAUAGGGAUUUAAGCUAUUGAUCCAUCUUUUUUGUAGUGGACUAUAUUGAAAUGGAUUAUAUUAUUCAUCGUCCGUUGAGUAGCCAAUGGUUUUGACCUUUUUCCAGAGGUUAAGGGAAGACACGCAUUUUAUGGGAACUGCUUUGUUUUCUUAUUGAAUGGUGUAAUGAGCACAGAUACUCCAUGUGAGGAGGGGCCAAUUCUGCGGAAGGAGGGAUCACAUUCUUCUGGAACUUAUACCUUUAUUCCACGGCUGAAAAUAAAAGUUGGCCGAAGUCUCAACUUGUCUAAAUGCACCAUUCAGUGGAUUCCAUUGAUUGACGGGUGUUCGGGCCAGCUUUCUCGCAUCUCGACUAAUCCUAGGGCCCAAUCCCACCGCCCAGUUGCGGGGAGCCCAUUUGAAGCCAGAGCAAAGCUCCGCAUGGUCGGUUCCGAUGUACCAAAAAAGAAGAAGCUACGUAUGGUCUCCUUUUGCUCUCCCUCUUUUUUGUUUAUUCCUUUUGUUUUGAACUCCCAAGACUACAAUAUAUUAGUGCUCAUCUGAAUCUAGUUGUAAAAAAAACACCAAGAUGAAGAUGUCUUUUAGUUAUUUCUUGCUCCUUUCUAUCUUCAUCCUCUUUGUUUCAGUCUCCCAUUCUCUUUCUGACCUGGAAGUGCUUUUGAAGCUCAAGUCCUCCAUGGUGGGACCAUCGGGAUCAGGACUCGAAGACUGGAACCACUCCUCCCCUCCUUCUGCCCAUUGUUCGUUCUCCGGAGUAACUUGCGACGACUACUCGCAAGUAACAUCUAUCAGCAUCUCGUUUGUCCCUCUAUCCGGUUCAAUUCCACCGGAGAUAGGCCACUUGAAAAACCUCAUCAGUCUCACUCUUUCUGCUACCAAUCUCACUGGUGAGCUUCCUCUGGAAAUGUCGAAUCUUACCUCCAUCAAGUUCAUUAACAUAUCUUCCAACAACUUCAGUGGUACCAUCCAUAGAAGCAUGAUAGCUAAACUGACAGAGCUCGAGGUUUUCAAUGUGUACAAUAACAACCUUUCCGGAAAACUUCCAACAGAGUUUGUAAAGCUGAAGGGGCUCAAAACUCUUCAUCUUGGUGGGAAUUACUUCUCUGGGGAAAUUCCAAAGGUUUACUCUGAGCUCCAGAGCCUUGAGAGUUUAGGUUUACAGGGAAAUGGACUUACUGGAAAGAUUCCAGGGAGUUUGUGCCGUUUGUUAAACCUUACAGAACUCCAUCUUGGGUACUUCAAUUCUUUUGAAGGAGGGAUUCCGCCUGAGUUUGGAUUACUGAGCUCGCUCAUAAUACUAGAUAUGGCUAGUUGUAACCUAUCAGGUGAAAUUCCAAAAACUCUGGGUAAUUUAAAGAUGUUAGAACAACUCUAUCUCCAAACGAAUCAGCUCGGGGGUCAAAUACCUUCUGAACUCUCUGGUUUGAUCAGUUUGGAGUCUCUAGACCUCUCAGUUAAUGAACUCAGUGGCCAUUUACCGGAGAGUUUGUCAGAACUGAAGAACCUUAUCUUGCUUAAUCUUUUUGUAAACCAUUUUCAUGGUCCCGUUCCGUCCUUCAUUGGCGAUCUUCCCAAUCUAGAGGUAUUACAGAUAUGGGGAAACAAUUUUACCUCAGAACUGCCAGAAAAUCUUGGCCUAAAAGGAAACUUGCAACUGCUUGAUGUUACUGGCAACAAACUCACUGGAAAAAUUCCUUGCCAUUUGUGCAGAGGAGGGAAAUUGCGGAUGUUAAUACUGAUGGAAAACUACUUUUCCGGAUCCAUUCCUGAAGAAAUUGGAGAGUGUGAAUCGCUUGUUAGGGUGAGACUGAUGAAGAAUUUGUUAAAUGGAACAAUUCCUUCUAGGCUCCUCAGCUUGCCAUUGUUAAACUUUCUUGAACUCAACGACAACCACUUCACCGGAGAACUUCCACCUCAAAUGUCAGCAAAAAAGCUUGAUACCUUCGCACUGUCUAACAAUUCCAUCGCCGGUAAAAUCCCUCCUGCGAUCGGAAAUCUGGUUAGCUUGACGUCUUUAUCUCUGGAAACGAACAGACUUUUUGGUGAGCUUCCGGUGGAAAUCUCCAAUCUAAAGAAGCUUUCGAAGCUGGACAUAAGUGGCAACAACAUUAGUGGUCGCGUUCCAACUUCAAUUGUUGAUUGUCCUGAACUGACUUCAAUUGAUUUGAGCAAAAACAGUUUGGAUGGUGAAAUUCCAAUAGGAAUCUCAAAGCUGAGGAAACUGACUUUUCUCGACUUGUCAAGGAACCAUCUGAGUGGUCCAAUACCGGAGGAAAUGGGGUCGAUGAUUAGUUUGACAAUCUUAGACCUUUCUUAUAACAACUUUUCAGGAAGACUACCUAGUGGUAAUCAGUUUGAGUACUUUAGUAACAUAUCUUUCGCCGGGAAUGCCAAUCUAUGUUUGCCUCACAAUCUGUCUUGCCCUUCAACACAAGAGAGCAUUCCCAGAAGGCAUUCAAGAUCGUCUAGGACAACAAAGAUUGUUCUCAUUACUGUGAUCGUACUCGUAACGUUUGCGUUGCUGUUAGUUGUUAGAUGUGUGGUUUUCUCCAGAAAGCGAAGGGCUCAAAAUCGCAGUUGAAGAAUGUGAUAUCUACUAGUAGCUCAGUCUCAAAGCUAUUUCAAACACAUUAGGUGGCAUUUUAUUAGAGUUAUGUCGAUAAUUGUUGAUUAGUGAUAAGUGCCGAAAUGCACACCUGUCCAACUUGCAUUUCUUAUAUCUACUUCCCUUGUUACUUCUG